AUGGAGGGCAUACUUUUAAUUGACAAACCAACUGGUCUAACUUCCCAUCAAGUUGUUAAAAUUAUUCGGCAAAGGCUAAAUAUUAAAAAAGUAGGGCAUGCUGGCACCCUUGACCCCUUGGCAACUGGUUUACUAGUAAUUAUGUUGGGUAAAACUACUAAAUUAAUUGCCGAAAUCAUUAAUACGUUUAAUAAUCACGCUUAUUACCAACAACCACCCAUUUACUCGGCUAUCAAGUUCCAAGGCAAAAAAUUAUAUGAAUAUGCCCGCCGAGGAAUAAAAAUCGAAGUUCCGUCCCGACUAGUAAUCAUCAAAAAAAUAAAAUUAUUAGACUAUAACCAAACCGACGGAAUAAUAAGUUUUAUGGCAGAAUGUAGUAAAGGCACUUAUAUUCGCAGUCUAGUUCAAGAUAUAGCCAAAAAAUUAGGAACAGUUGCUAAUGUAAAAGAAUUAAGGAGAAUUAGUUCUGGUAAUUUUCAUAUUUCCCAAGCCAGUCAAUUAGCCGAACGGUUAAAAACUUAUAUUAUAAAUGAAAGAAGAAUUCCCCCUGAUUUACCAAAUGAUAUUGCGGCUGACUUAGCACUCAAUUUGGCUUUACCCAUUUCCCACCAAACUAAGCGCUAUAUUAAUAUUCGCUUGCCUAAUACUUAUUAUCAAGGAUUUUGCCAGAAUACUUAUCAAAGCCAAGGAAAUAAUUUGCGACCAGAAAAAAAAAAUAUUCAUAUAAAUUUAGAAUAUGUUUCCGCUAAUCCGACUGGUUAUUUACAUUUGGCACAUUUUCGUCAUGGCUUUACUGGUAAUGCCUUAGCCAAUGUUUAUCAAUUCCUCGGCUAUCAAGUAACUCGGGAAUAUUAUAUUAAUGACCGCGGAGGGCAAAUUACUUCUCUAAUUAACUCUAUCUACCAUUUUUAUCACCACUUACAAGGUGUUCCGCUUUCCGAAAUAGUAAAAGUGGAAUAUGCGGGCAAAUCUAGUCAAGAAAUAGCCCAAAAAUUAGUAGAAAAUUUAUACGAAAAAAAUAAGCACCGGGAACUGCUGAAAGAAUUAAAAGAAAAAGAUUUAAUUUAUACCCAAGAAAAAGCCAUUUUUUUUCGCAGCAGUUUAGGUGCGGACCAUCAUGGUUCUAUUGCCCGACUGAAAAGUGCCUGGCAAUUGUUAGGGUAUAAGACGGAAAACUUACAAAUAAUUUUGGUGCAAAUAGUUAACUUACUGACGAAAGAAGGAGAAAAAGAAAGAUUUUCCAAACGAGCCGGAAAUACUAUUGAAUUAGCCGAAGCGUUAGAAUAUAUGGAUAUGAACCAAUUAAAAUUUUUCCUGUUAGAAAAAGAACCCAAUCAACCCCUAACUAUUAACACGGAAAUACUAAAAGAAAAACAAGAAAAAACUGGUCUUUAUUAUAUCCAAUACGCUCAUGCUCGCUGCCAGCAAUUAGGAAAAAAGUCCCAAGUAAAAGGAUUAGAUAAAAUUAGUUUACAAAUUAAUUUAUUAGGCGAAAAGGAACGAAAAAUAUUUAAUUUAUUAAUUCAGGAGGACAAGCCCGAACUAACUUCCCAAAAAUUACUUUUAGUGAAAAAUAUUCAAAUAAUUUUACGAUUAGGUUUAAACUUGUUGGGAAUCGAAGCCCCUGAAAGCAUAAAUGAGAUAGAAGAAGUUGAUAACAAGUUAGGUGAAACUUGGGAAACAGAAGAAUUAGAAAGUAGAAUUGAAGUUCCGCCAAAGCAAGAGGAUUUAGAACAAGAACUAGAAAAAGACCUCCAACACUUAGAAGCCAUUACUAAAAAACCGCGGGAAUUCCUCAUUAAAGAGGCGUUAAUUAGAUACAUCGAGGACAUGGAGGAUAUUCGCGAUGUUGAAAAAUAUAUCAAAGAUAAAAAAAAGACCAAGUUAAGUAUUAUACUAUUAACUCAAAUUGGCCGAGCAAUAGCGGAAAAGAUUUUUAAUAAAAUACUUAAUCGUGGUGAGCCUCUGACUCGUGAAUACCAAGGUCUAUAUCGUUAUCGUGAAGUUAAAGGUUAUCGCCCAGUUUUAGUUAUUUCGGCUAAAUGGUAUAAUGAGGAAAGUGAGCGGAUUACUGUUUUACCUUUAACCCGAGCCUUUAAUAAGGAAGGACAUCCGAAAUAUGUUUAUGCUGGUGAAGAACCAAGAGAUACUUCUUUUUUUGAUUUAUCUACUCUUAUAAAAAAACUCUAG